GAUUGCAACAAGGCGGCACAUACGCCGGGGAAGCUCACCAUCUGCUAUCACAACGGCGGCCACUACGACUUUCACUUCUUGCUGAGAGGCUUCGCGAAGCUUAAGCGCACUGCUUUGACGGCUGCUUCCGCGACGCCUGAGAAGAAGAAGCCCUCGAGCUCGGCGGGCCGCCGCAAGCUGAGAACGUUUGGCGUCAAGGAGCUCUCUAGACGGGUUCAGAAGGUCAAGCUGCAGUUUCUGGUCGACUCUCUUCCGAAGGCCGAGAUCGACGUGCUUCGAGAUUGCAAGGUCUCCAUCCUUCAGAGGAGCGGUGAGUCGAACUUGACGCUCGACAUACGCCGCCUUAGGUUCAUCGACACCAUGAACUUCUGCAAGGCCGGAUUGGGGAAGAUGAUCGAGUCUCACAAGCGGUCGGCCCUGAAAGCGGUCAACCAUCGAGGAGAAUCUCCGACUUCUGGGCUGGAGAGGGCAUUUCCCUUGACGUCUUCGAGGCACCCCGUCCUCAAGCACGUGCGGGGUUCCGCCGGUGACACAGACGCUGUGUGGGAGGCCUUGCUGCGCAAGCUGCCCAUGCCGUGGUCCUACUUCGCGGACUGCGGCGCCUUCAACAAGCCGGCGGUGUGGCCCGUGGAGUGUUACCACAGCGAGCUGUCUGGCAGAUGCUCGGAGGAGUCCCACAGGCUGCUCCAGGACACUUCGAGGAUGAUGCAGUUUGGACGGUUCAAGGAGGUGUUCGACUGCUACCUCGCCUUGGACAUCACUGCCUACGCCGACCUGAUGCAGAUCUUCCGGGAGCAUUUUUACGACGCUCACCACAUCGACCCGUUCCUCUACCCUUCACUACCUUCAGCGACUUGGGACUCCGUUCUCCGGGACAUCACUCAGCGAGGUGCCCGGCAGCUCCGUUUGAUCACCGACGUCAACGUCUACAAGGCUGUGAAGGCGUCGAUGAUGGGAGGACUUUGCACGGUGUUCAGACCGCACAGCGAGGCAAACUUCGAGGGCUUGGAGAGCUUCGACGCCGAUCAGCCCGUCAAGAGGUGCUUGUACAUGGACAUCAACUCCCAGUACCCCCAUGCCAUGACUAAACACCUGCCCUGUUCGGGUGGAGAACGAGUGUCUCUGCCCGAGGACGGCGCGAAAAGGUUGACAUGGCUCCAUGAGACGCUCGACGGCUUGAGCCUCCAUGAGGAUGCAUUGGAGACGACCUUUCUGGUGUUUGUCUCCUACGACUACCCAGAAGAAGUUCACGACGUUGUGGAUUUCCCAUCGCCUUGCCGGCUCUCCGUUCCUCCUUCAGAGGUCGGACCGUACACCAAGGACGCUAUGAGAAGAGGCAGGCCCGUUGAGAAACUCGUCCCCUAUCUUGGCAUGCACCGCUGUGAGGGCAUCCACGGCAAGCGCUUGCUCUUCCUGCGCAACCACCUCGGCGUCCGCGUCUGGGAAGUUCACGAGGCCUACGCGUUCGAAAGUCAUCCUGUCCUCAGGGAUUUCAUGGAGAAGUCGUACGCGUACAGACGACAACUCAAGGAUGAAGGCAGGGACACGGAACAGGGCUUCAUGAAGUUGUGCAUCAACAGCGUGUACGGAAAGACCGUGCAGAAUCAGGAGAAGUACCUCAACACCACGCGCUACUUCGACCCCGUCUCCUUCAGCCGGGCUCAGGCCGACCCCGCGGUCGCAGACUUCAACACAGAGAUCUUCGAGCAGGACGCCUUCUUGGGCACAGUGCGGAGGGUGCGAAGCGCCAAGAGGAACGUCAACCGCAGUCCGGUUCAGGUCGGCUGGGCGGUCUUGGAGCUGGCCAAGCUCCACCUUUCCAUCCAGUACUGGGUCGGCAUCAAGGCCACACUUCCCAAGGUCGUGCCCCUCCUGACAGACACGGACAGCGUUCUGAUGGAGGUCAUCGGCGAUGCGGACCCUGUGCCCUUGCUCGCAGAGGCUAACCUGAAGCUGCCUGUGGAGUUCGACCUCAUCGGAGACCUCGAUGUCGUUGAGUUCGAGCGCCUUUACCGCGGAAAGAUCUCGGAGCCCGCGCUGGCAAAGCUGCAACAACUUCGUGGCAAGCUCGGUGCUCUCUCGAACGAGUGCCCCAAGCACACAAUCCUCAGCGUGGUCUGCUUGGCCGUCAAGAAGUACAGCAUCCUCCUGGACUCCGACGUGCAGAUCCAGAAGGCUAAGGGCGUGCCCGAGAUCAUUCGCAAGCAGGUCAGGCAUCAAGAAUACCUCCGGAUCCACGAGGAGAACGCGAUCAGGUACGAUGCCUCAACCCAGCUGCGCUCCUCUAAACACCAAAUCCAUGCGGUGGAAGAGAGGAAGAAGACGUAUGGGGUGCUGAAUGACAAGGGCUUUCAGCUGACCAAAGAAUAUGUCCGGCAGUUAGGCCAUUGGCGCAACGCCUUCUUGGGGCUGUGGCGGCGGGUCGAGGGGAGGGCCGACAUCUUCAACCUGAUCCUGGAGUUUGAGCGCGGGCCCUUGCCUCCCAUGAGACCUGAAUGGGGACAGCCCGUCAGAGAGUUGAUGAAGAAGUCCCGCCGUUAA